UUAGUUAUAUUCUGGACGCUUGGAUCGCCAAACUAGGCGCUCGUUCAACAUGUUGUGGGAAUGCUUAGCCCUAUUUGCGAUCGCUGCCGCCUUGUUCUACCUCUGGGCGUCCGCCAACAAUGAUUUCUUCAAGAAUCGGGGCAUCGCCUAUGAAAAGCCAGUGCUCUACUUUGGCAACAUGGCCGGCAUGUUCCUGCGGAAGAGAGCCAUGUUUGACAUAGUCUGUGAUCUUUACACCAAAGGCGGAAGUAACAAAUUUUUUGGUAUCUUCGAGCAGCGACAACCACUUUUUAUGGUGCGCGACCCGGAUCUUAUCAAGCAGAUAACAAUAAAGGACUUCGAUCACUUUAUCAAUCAUCGCAAUGUGUUUGCCACCAGCAGCGAUGAUGAUCCACAUGACAUGAGUAACCUUUUCGGCAGCUCGCUGUUCUCCAUGCGAGAUGCUCGUUGGAAGGAUAUGCGAAGCACUCUGAGUCCGGCGUUUACAGGCAGCAAAAUGCGUCAGAUGUUCCAGCUGAUGAACCAGGUGGCCAAGGAGGCCGUGGACUGUCUUAAGCAGGAAGGUUCAAAGGUUCAGGAGAAUGAAAUGGACAUGAAGGACUACUGCACACGAUUCACCAAUGAUGUGAUCGCAUCGACAGCCUUUGGACUGCAAGUGAACUCGUUCAAGGAUCGCGAAAAUACCUUCUAUCAGAUGGGCAAAAAGCUGACCACAUUUUCAUUCCUGCAGAACAUUAAGUUCAUGUUGUUCUUCGCAUUGAAGAGUCUUAAUAAGAUACUUAAGGUCGAGCUUUUCGAUAAGAAAAGCACUCAGUAUUUCGUGCGCCUGGUGCUCGAUGCCAUGAAGUACCGACAGGAACACAAUAUUGUACGUCCCGACAUGAUAAACAUGCUGAUGGAGGCUCGUGGUAUCAUCCAAACGGAGAAGACCAAGGCAUCAGCCGUUCGCGAGUGGAGCGAUCGCGACAUUGUCGCCCAGUGUUUCGUCUUCUUCUUUGCUGGCUUCGAGACUUCAGCGGUGCUGAUGUGCUUCACCGCUCACGAGCUAAUGGAGAACCAGGAUGUGCAGCAGAAGCUAUACGAGGAGGUACAGCAAGUGGACCAAGACCUGGAGGGCAAAGAACUGACCUAUGAGGCCAUCAUGGGCAUGAAGUAUAUGGAUCAGGUCGUUAACGAAGUUCUGCGAAAGUGGCCGGCUGCAAUUGCCGUCGAUCGGGAAUGCAACAAGGACAUCACCUUCGAUGUGGAUGGCCAGAAAGUCGAGGUCAAGAAGGGCGAUGUCAUCUGGCUGCCCACAUGCGGCUUCCAUCGUGAUCCCAAGUACUUUGAGAACCCCAAAAAGUUCGAUCCGGAACGAUUUAGCGAUGAGAACAAGGAGUCUAUUCAGCCAUUCACAUACUUCCCCUUUGGCCUGGGUCAACGCAACUGCAUUGGUUCCCGAUUCGCUCUACUCGAGGCAAAGGCUGUUAUCUACUAUCUUUUGAAGGACUACCGCUUUGCUCCUGCCAAGAAAUCCUGCGUUCCACUAGAGCUCAGUAGUUCAGGUUUUCAGUUGUCACCCAAAGGCGGCUUUUGGAUAAAACUUGUUCAACGGAACUAGUCUUAUAAACGAUCAAAAUAUAAUAAUCUGUUUUGUUGAA